AUGGGCGUUGUCAUGGCAAUCCGUUAUGGCGCACCGAGAAGGCGCACCAAGAGAGGACCACAAGUCCGACUCAACACCACAACUAUUCUCAAUUUAAUAGGAGAAUCUAUAACAAGAUACGUUAGCGAACGCGCGGACGAAACCCAGACAACUGUCGCUCUUGAGAAUCUUUCCGGCGAUAUUACAUCAGUUGCAUUACCAGUAUGGGUGGGUCGAUUGUCAAGGUUGAAAUCUAUGACUAUUUGGGAUGGAAAAUCUUUGAACGAGAACGUAGCGGCGGUGAUCUUUAAUAAAUGUCCCAAUUUCGACGAAAUACGGAUAUUUGUGUGCUCAGACGAUACUGAUCAUAAUCCCGCCUCGUUUAUAAAAGGCCUUAGACACAACAGCCUUCUUUCCCUCGAGGUUUUGUCUAAUUGUAAGAUCGGUCCGUCAUUUCUAUCUGCCUUGAAUCACCAUUGUGAAUCACUCAAAAGCUUAAAGCUUCAGAGCCUCAAUUCGGAAGCCAUCAAGAAUCUUAACAUUCUUCAAAGUUGUACUACACUUGAGACACUUGAUCUAGAAGACAGUCAACAUACCGUGGAUUUGGAAGCUACGGAGAACGACGUAUUUCUUGAAACCAUCGAAUGGCUUGGCCACUGCGAGAAACUCCGAGAAUUGGUUUUAAACGGAAUUAUUUGUGCCCCGGCUAUUUUAAAGCAGGUUUGUUUACGAAACAAUAUUCGACUACAACGAUUAGUAGUCACCGGCCCUUCUCUUGUCAAUGAUACGGAUUUUCACAGGGCCAUUUCUCACCAGACCGAGCUCGAGGUCCUUGAGCUCCGAGGUGGCUCGGAUGAGGUAUUUAGAGUCAGGGAUGAUAUUGAUAACCUGCUCACAUCUAUCUGUCAACUCACUAAGCUCAAGGAACUCACCAUUGUGGAGUCAUUUGAGUAUUUUAGUAGUAACGAAAUCAGACGUCUCGCCCAAAGCCUACCCCUUCUCGAAAAGUUCCACUUCUCAGGCUAUGGCAUUGGAGAUGAGAUCUUACCAUACUUAUCAAAUCUACAUAAUUUGCGGGAUGUGUCUAUCGCCGCAAUUUCCAGUUUUACCCUCGACGGCCUGCUGACCUAUGUCUCGACUUUACGAGAUACGAACCAAGGUCUUGUACUCUCGGUUAUGAGUCAGAAUUCCGACCAAAAUCUUGCGCCAUUGGAGCAGCAGCUUGUCCGAGAAGGGAUCAUUGCGAAAGUAGAUGGCAAAUUUGACUUCGCACUGCUAAGAGAAGUGGCCGAAUCUGAGUUUGAUUCUGCGUCUGAUUAA